AUGGAGCACAAUGUCUUGUCUAAACCUCCCAGCCCUAGAGAGAGCCUCGCGCCCCUGUCCACCCGCGACCUCCCUCCGUUCUCCCUCCCCGCCGUCAGGGAAUCCUCCGCGUCCUGCGCCUCGUCCCCCAUCUCCUCUGCCCUCUCUCCCACCCAGUCCGACAUCUCCACGCUCGCGUCCGACAAGCCAGAUGCCUCCCAGAACCCCAUCCUCCGACGCGCUAUCUCCUGCGGUGCUCUCCCGGCCGAGGUCAAGCAGCGCCGCAAGCGUUCCCGCGUCAGCCCCGAGCAGCUCAUCAAGCUCGAGGAGUACUUCGCCGUCGACAACAGCCCCACCUCUGCCCGGCGGAGGGACAUCGCGCGCGAGCUAGGCAUGGACGAGCGGCAGACUCAGAUUUGGUUUCAGAACAGGCGCGCAAAGGCCAAGCUCCAGCUCAAGCUCAAGGCCCGUGCGGUUGAAAAGCUCGAGCCGCCCCCGGAGAGCCCCCCAGAGCUGUCGAGUGGCUACGACAUGGACAUCCAUGGCCUGAUCCAUGAAGACGAAGAGGUCACCGUCUUCCCGUGUUCGGAUCUCACCAUCGGCUCCUGGCGACGCAUGGGAUCCUCACAACACGACCUCAUCGCGUAUACAUGCGAAGCCAAGCGCUGUCUCACCUGGUUCAUCCGCUCUGGCGGCCGCAGCUUCAAGAUGGACGUUCUCUACGAGCACAUCGCCGAAGCCCGCUUCACGAACCUCUCCCCCGGCACGGGCUCCGCCACCUUUUACCUCGAGCGCCCCCCGACGUUCUACAUGGAGGGCCUUCUCGACUUAAGCCUAGGAGAGGACUCGCCUCGCAUAUGGCAGGUAUGCGGCGACUGGACCGAAGGACGGCAGGGCACCAACCACCUCCAGCACACACUCGCGGGGCCUGCCUACCAGCUGUCGGCGCUCGUCAACAGCAUCAACCCCUCGGCCAUGGCUUCGGAGGCUCUCUACACCCCCACUGCCUCGGUAUCGGACGCGGGCUCCUCUCCUGAGGUGUUCACGCGCUCUCUCCACUCUCCGAUUGAUCAAACGCACACCUCGUCAUUGCCAAUCCGCCGGCCCAGUUCGCUGAGCAGCCUCCGCAUGCUGCACCACCCCUCGCUGGAGAGGCUCCGGGCGCGGCCGAGCGUCCCGCUUUUCCACUCGCCCCUCUCCAGCACGCUCUCCAGCGUCUCGUCCCCUAACUCGCCCUACACGGCCAGCGAGACCUCGGUCGGCUCCCUCUCUGCCUCCAUGUCUCCCGGUUACCCGUACUCGAUCGAGGGCUGCGGUACCCCUGGCUUGGUCGCGCUCGCGUCCGACCAGCUCGCCCAACUCCCGCUUGGGAUGUCCAACCUCCCGCGGCUCAACUACGAGUACCAGCCGAUGUCGCGCUCCGCGUCCCCCUACGACUGCGGCUCCGAGCCCGUCUCGGCCGCCUCAACCUCUGGCGGGUACUACGGGCAGCCCUGCGGGCCCUGGGGCGGCCCGCCCUCGAGCCUGCCGAUGGGCGCCGGCAUGAGCGUCGCGGACACAGACGCGCCCAGCCACGCCUACGUGCAAGCCCCGAUGGCAGUCGAGGAGCGGCCGCAAGAGCCGUACUAUCCGUACCCCAACGGGCUGCCCGGCCCCGUCCCCACUCCCGCCUACGCGUACGAGCACGGGGGCCCGGGCGUGUAA